GGAUCGGGCCUGACGACACAGCUCCCGUCACUCCGGCUUAUCUUCUUCCACCAUUCCGUUGGUGCGUUCGUCGGCCGCCUGAGAUUCCAACCCCUCUCCGCUAAACUCUGCGACAGCCGCGGCGAAAUUCCUCGGCCGAAAGGGAAGGCGACAGUGACACGGGCGCACGUCGAGCUCUCCGCUGCCCAGCGUUAAAUCCGCACGCAACUCAGUGUCACGGCAAGGUAACUACCGCACGGCACGACAGUCACCACUCACCAACCACCACCCGAGUCCACGCCCCCCAAACCCAAACCACCCACAGGCCACAGCGACCGGCGACGAUGUGCACGCUGGAGCAGCGCGGCCGCGUGUUCGUCCUCACCCUCACGGGCGACGGCGAGCACCGGCUGGGCCACCCGCUCAUCGCCUCCAUCCGCUCCGCGCUGGCCUCCGUCCUCGCGGCGGCCCAGGCCCAGCCCCAGGGCCCGGGGGCGGCCCUGGUCACCGUCGCCGAGGGCCGCUUCUUCUCCAACGGGCUCGACAUCGGGUGGGCGGGCGCCUCCCGCGCGCGGCUCGGGGAGCUCGUCGACGCGCUCCGCCCCGUCGCCGCCGACCUGCUCGCCCUCCCCAUGCCCACCGUCGCCGCCGUCACGGGCCACGCCUCCGCGGGCGGCUUCCUCCUCGCGCUCUGCCACGACUACCGCCUCAUGCGCGCCGACCGCGGCGUGCUCUACAUGAGCGAGGUCGACAUCGGCCUCCCCCUCCCGCCCUACUUCGUGCACGUGCUCCGCGCCAAGAUCUCCCAGGCGCACGCGCUGCGGGACGUCGUGCUCAGGGGCAAGAAGCUCCGCGCGCCCGAGGCCAAGGAGAUGGGCGUCGUCGACGUCGUCUGCCCCGGCGCGCCCGAGACAGCCGCCGACGCCCUCAAGCUCGCUGAGCAGCUCGCCGCCAGGAAGUGGGACGGCGCCGUGUACGCGUCCAUUAGGAUGUCCAUGUUCCCCGAUGCGUGCAGGGCCGUUGGGAUCGCCGUCGAGAGCGACGAGGAGAAGAGCAGGCACUUCGCCUCCAGGCUCUGAUCAGGGGAGGUCGGAGGUUCUGAACCGACCUGCCUUUGUUCUGGCAGAGUGUCUACGGAGCCUGAUGUCUCUCUUGGUAUUCUGUAUCUGUACAUGGAUCAGCCAAUGAUGCUUUGUAGGAAACAUGCAUUAUAUAUAUUACUUCUGUAGGCGUUGUAUUUUUUGUUACUUUGAAAGUGUGAAACAAAUAGAAUGCUUGUGUGUUACCGUUGGACUGGUUAUUUUGUUGUUGCUGCAGUGAAAUUCUCAUUUGCAAAAUCAACAUAUGAGUGAA